AUGCUUUUAAAUUCUAUUUUUCUGUUUAUAAUUCAGAUAAAUUAUUCAUUUUGUUUCUGGAAAAAUUCAAAGAAAACUUUAGAAGACUAUACUAUCGAUAUUUUCUUUACAAAUACUUUGACUAUAAUUCGUUGCAAUCCAUACGAACGCCAUGUGCUACGUGAUAUAACAAUAGAAGCCAUUGGACAUAUUAAAUGUUCUAAUUGGCAGUCAUUUUUACCCGAUGAUCAAAUUGAAUAUAUAACAUUACUUGAAUGGCUCUACACAACUAUAAAAUGUGAUAAGAAAAAACUCAAGAUAAAAGAAGAGAAAACUUAUUUUGAAAUAAAACAUCAAGCGAAAAAAGCAUUUAAAAAGAAUCCAUUAAAGUUGAUACGUGUUGGAUCAGCUGAUUCUAGUGAAUUACAUUGGAAGGAGGAUGAUUUUCAAUUGUAUUUCAAACAUCCACCAAGAAAAUUGUCAAUAAAUAAAACUGAACAAACAGAGGACGAUUUUUUAAUCGACAUUUAUUCGUUUAAAGGUCGACCUAUUCUUUGCCGUGAAAGAUACGUUCCUGCACAACAACCAUGUUCCGAUGAUAAUCAACAUCAAAAUGUUUCAUAUAUUUGUUAUUAUAAAGUUGGUGUUGCAGAACCGCCAACAGUAGCUGAAAUGGAAAAAGAAAUCAAAACAUUACCACAUGACAUUAAUCUUGACGAAAAUUCAAUAGUAGAUCUUUAUAUGAAUAAAAAACCUAAAAAAAAGUCAUCGGGAAAUAUUUUUUUUAUGAUCAUCAUCGGUAGUUCUAUUAUUGUAUUUAUUAUUGUUGGUAUUAGUAUAUAUUGUUGUUGUUGUGGUCAAUCUGAAAAUGAGAAAAAAGUCCAACGUAUCAAUAGUAAUACAUCAACUAUAUCGAAUGCAUCAUAG